AUGGCCAACUUUUACCAUCUGAUGGGCGUCACGGAAGACGACUUCCAUUUAUCGCACCGUUUUGUGACUUCAUGGCUACUCCCUCCUCUGCUGCUCGCGGUCCUGCGUGGUACCGUUGCUUUCUAUGCCUUGACAGCGAUCUUCUUCAAAUUGGGCUGGCAAGGAACCCAUGGUCUGGCUGAUGCCAAUGACAGCGACCUCAGCUACUUUACAAACUUGACGUUCUGGGGCAUCGCGUUCUACUUCCUCUUCUCCGCCAUACACACAUAUCUGUACGCCCGUAGAGGGUACGCACCAUUGGACCGCUGGCCACGGCUGCUACAGGCCUUGCAUAGCCUAUUCUACACCACCAUUGUCACAUUCCCUUUUCUUGUUACGAUUGUCUUCUGGGUUUUAUUGUACGACGGGCCUUGGUUCCCCGUCGAGUUCGAUGCUUGGUCGAAUAUCACUUUUCACGCACUGAACGCCGUAUUCUGCACCUUCGAGUUGAGCCUACCUGCAACAAACCCUCCACCAUGGUUGCACCUUGUUUUCAUAAUCCUUAUCCUUGCUCUCUACGUCGCUCUGGCCUAUCUCACCUAUGAAACGGAAGGGUUCUAUACCUACGAUUUCCUGAAUCCGGCAACAGGGCGAGGACGGGUUGCUAUAUAUUGUGUUGGUAUACUAGCCGCCAUCAUAGUAAUAUUUAUGGUCGUUUGGUUCCUCAUCUGGGUACGGAAAAGGUUCACUCGCACCGGAAAGAAGAGUCGGGCAGAUAUGUUGAAUGGGAGAUGUCUAAGGAGUACAUGCCGUGCCACCCGAAGCAAUGCUGAAGAGAAGAAUACUCUCAUGAGCUUAAGGCUUGAGCCGGGCGAAGAGGAGGCCCGAGAGGACAAUGACUUAGAUCUACAGCAGCAUCAUCUCAAAGCCGGAGUGGAGGCGCAAGGCGCAUCAAGCAAUGCCUCCUCCGACUCCGACUUCGUUAGAGACGAUUUGGACCUUGAAAAUGGGGUACCCGGGGUCGAUAAGCGGGUGAUCUCGCAGGAAGAAAUUAUCAAAAGCGUGGAAUCAUUACAGGAAAACAGAACACAGGAUCCCAGUGCGCAGUUGGUGGAAGGCACCCAGAGUGCGGACGGCACGAGCUCUAUAGCAGACGACACCCCUUCCCUUCAGGAAUCCGUUCAGUCCUCAUCCCCAAGUGGUGCCUAUCCUCUUCGUCCAUCAGGGUCCCGUUCUACCUCCACCACCGCUCGACGACCAUUUGAUCGACGUUUCCAGUCCCGUCUCUCGUCAUCACCGCUGAAUUCUCCUCGUGCGAUCUCUCCAGCAUUCCUGAGCACACACUCCAGACAGUCUUCUUUGGCAAGCAUUGGCUUUCAAAGCUUGCCAGAUCCAGACUCUACCUCGGCACCAUGGGAUGUGAUCCGAUGGACAAAAUUGCGCAAAUUAACAGGCCAGGUCUUCUCAGAGGUUGGGAGGAGAAAUUUCGGCCGCUCAACCUGCUUGGCUGUCUCUACGAGCAUUGUUGUAGGAACCUCCAAAGGCAUCGUCCUAUUGUUUGACUAUCAACAGAAUGCGAAGGGAAUUAUUGGCUUAGGAACGAAAGCCAUCGAGUGCGGUCCAGUCACUUCACUGGCCAUCUCCGAAGACAGCACUACCAUUGCAGUGGGUCACGCUGAAGGCCACAUAUUUACCUGGGAGCUCGCCAAAUCUACUCGACCUUUUUUACAUAUCCCACCUCUUGAUGCGCACCCUGCUGAGAGCCGGAAAGUGGAGGGCCAUCUUGCAGGUGUCCCUGUUAUACACAUCGGCUUUCUAGGCUUCAGGCAUACUGCUCUUGUUUCCGCUGAUAACCGCGGUAUGGCAUUCUCUCAUCUUGCGACCCGAGGUAUGGGUAGCGUUGGACGCGCCAUCAGAACCACUCGAGUACUUGGUCGUUAUCCUGACGUCCUACAACGAGGCCAUAACUCAAGGAAACCAAGUUCAGUUCUAGCCUUCUCGACGUUGCCUUUUGGUAACGUAGAGCAAGCCACGAAUGAUCUAGGCUUGGUAGCUAUGAUGACCCCUUAUCUUCUCGUUAUUGUUUCCACGACACCAACUGCGCAGACUCAGCACAAGGCUGCUCGCCCGAAAGAGAUAGCCGCUCACAGUGCAAUGACUGCUGCGCUUGCCUGGUUCCCAGCGCUCAAGCUGAAAGCUCAGGAUGCCGCAAUAUCAAGAACGAAAUUAGUUUAUUGCUGGUCCAAUGUACUUACAGUAUUGGAGGUCAUUGAAGUCGAGCCAUCAGAGCCUGGGGAAAAGGAAAAGCCGCUGGAGCUGCUGUUCAAGGCCAGGAGUAGGUGGAGAUCGCAGGAAGCCAUUGUCGCUGUGCAGUGGCUGAGCCGGUCCGUAAUGGCAAUAUUGACGGUCACCCAGCAGCUUAUCAUCCUUGAAGACGUGUCGAUGAAUCCUACGGACUCAUUCGACUUAGUCCAGAAACAGUUAUAUCAUAGCGACCUAUUUUCCCGGCAACUGCAGAGCUUAGUUGAACAGCUUGACGAAGCAGACUCUUCCAUGCAUGGCGUCGUUGCAGAUGCCUUCUACAUGAGCUUCCGCGCCUACAAAGGCAGGCUGUUCUUGCUUGGAUUUAAUGACCUGUUCAUCGGCAGCCUUUCCAACUGGGCAGAUCGAUUAGUGGCAAUGCUGGAGGCAGGUGACUUCAUCGGAGCAAUUCAGUUGGCAACGUCUUACUAUUCUGGAAUUGGUGAGAAGACAACUAUCGGGCUACCAGAGGAUGACAGUUCAAGACAUGGGGUCGUUAAAGAAAAGCUCGUCGAGAUGAUGUCUGCAUCCUUGAAAUAUGCUUUUGGUCAUAAUCAACAAGCUGGCACUGAACAGCUAGAUGACUUACAACUCAAUAAACUGGCAAUCGCAUGCGUUACGGCUACGUUGAGUAUUACAGACACUUCUUUUCUGUUCGACGAAGUAUUUGCCUGGUACGAUGACCACGAUAAAACGACCAUAUUCUUGGAAGUUCUUGAGCCUUACAUAAUAGAUGGUCAAAUCACUUCAAUACCACCGCUGGCCCUUAAGCCACUGAUUGAUCAUUAUAUGACAAAACACACUGCGGAAUAUCUGGAAGAAAUAAUUUGCCGUCUGGAUACUUCGACGAUGGACAUCGAUCAGGUUACCACGCUCUGUAAGCGUUACAACCUGUAUGACGCCUUUCUUUACGUCUGGACGAGGGCACUUGAUGACUAUCUUGGUCCGUGCGAGGAAUUGCUGAACCUACCGCUUGCGUCGUCACAGCCAAACGGUCAUACAGGAGCUUCAAAUCAGGCUCAACUAAAUGCGGCGAAAAUAUUCCCUUAUCUAUCUUUCACUUUGACAAGUCGAGUUUAUCCGACAGGAGAAGAAUUGAGCUUUGAGGAGGCGCGAACGGCCAAAGAGCAGAUAUAUGGAUUCUUCUUUUCUGGUGCGUUAGAUCAUGUCUCUAGGGGGUCAUCUGGUACCAAAACAGGCCCGUCAUUCCCUCAUUUGCGAAAACUUCUGUCCUUGGAUACUGCUAGUAGCAUGAGCGUUUUGAAUGAGGCCUUUGAGGACAGUUAUUUGAACAGGCCUGAUGAAAUCAGCAAUGGUUUCAGCUCAGACCUUCGCUUGGAUGCAACAUCACAGCCGAAGAGUUUCACACGCCAAUUCGUUAUCAGUGUGCUACUCGAGGUGAUGUCCUCCGCAGAUCUUGAGCCCGAGGACUCCAUCUACGUGGACAUGUUCAUCGCUCGCAGUUUACCUAAGUACCCUCAGGACCUUGUGCUUUCUGGAUCAACAUUAGACCAAAUACUGACGCGGAUGUGUCAUUUCCCUAAUGAGGACACUGCAGAUGAUUGUCAGCUGAGUGUGGAAUAUCUGCUCUCAGUCUACCAUCCACCAGAUAUACAAUCACUAGUGCCUCUUUUCAUAGAAGCUCGAUUUUUUCGUGUGCUGAAGUCAGUGUACAGAUCGGAACAUCAAUGGUCACUACUUGUGCAGGUGUAUUUCCAGGAUGAGCAAGACCAAGCAGGAGUCUUCGAGGUCAUACGUGCGUGUUUGCGGAAGGGUAGCUCCCUAAGCUCAAAAGAAAGGCGAGCAGUCCAAGCCGUGGUCAAAAGUCAUGCUCUUGACCUGGCAAAGAUUGAUGUUACUCGAACGGUACUCCUCGUUGCGGACUGUUUUGCGGAAUCACAUGAAUUGUUUCUCUCGUCUCUCGCAGCUGCACCGAAUUUGCAGUAUUAUUACCUGAACAGUCUUUUGGAGCCUCAAGGAAGACGUCCGCCUAGUGCUGGAUCUUCUGCUUCGCUGACCGGGCUCUAUAUUCAACUCAUGUGCCAGCAAAAUCCACUCCACGUUGCUGAUUACGUAAAAUCGUUGACAGAUGUGGACCUUCAGCUUCGGGACGUUUUACCAUCAAUGGAGGCCAGCGGUGCCAUCGACGCGGCUGUGAUGCUAAUGGCUCGCCAGGGUCAAGUCCAAGAUGCUAUGAAGCGACUGAUCAAAUAUCUCAGCAGUCUAGAAGCAACGCUGACUGGUAUCAUGCGUAACCUGGAAGGAUCUCCCGACGUGGCAAGCACUAAAGAGGCAAUACAUGAUCUGCUGCAAUCUGUCGAAAAGUAUUCUGGGGUCGGAAUUUGGCUUUGCCAACGUCAAACAGCAGCUACCCAGCGAUCACGUCCUGUGCUUCCGGCAUCGAAAAAGUCGAACACCGUAUCUCGGACACUGUCCUUCGAAGAAACACUCUGGCUGCAGCUGAUCAAUUCGGUUGUGGACAUUGCAAAGGACCUUACUCGACCAGAAACAGCCAAUCGAGCAGAAACUGAUGGGUUUGUGGAUCCAGGCAGUGAGAUUGCGUCUACCUUGCGGCUAGUCGUGCAAAAUGUCUUCACAGCUCUACUCAAGGCGACAACGUCAUCACGCAAAGGGUCUGGUGAUCGCCAUGAUCUAGCUUUCUUGCAGAUACUCCGUGCCUUCCUGACCCGAGCCGCAGCUUCGUCGCCUUCUCUUGCCGAAUUACGAGCUGUGAUCAGCUCGAUCUUUUCAGCAUACGCCUAUGAAGAGUCACUGCUUGCUCUGUCAAACUCUAUGCUUGAUAAAGAUCUGUUCGUGCACGUUGAUGAGAUUGCAAAGCUACGCCGCCGAGGUUGGAGGCCAAGAGGCCAAGUUUGUGAGAUUUGCAGACGGCGAGUGUGGGGUCCUGGAGCCGGAGCUCAGAUUUGGGAAGCUUGGUUGCAAAAAGAGGACCGGAAGAUCCAGCAAAGCCAAGGUAAAGAGCACCUUGCGGGCCAGGAGGAUGGGGCCAGUGCUUCAAGGGGUAAAGGCAAGGCGACAGAGGAACUGUCGGUCACUGCGGCCUCACAAUCGGAGGCUGUAGACGGUGGAGAAAGGUUGGUCGACGCAGAUCUUGGUGCGGCCCUAAUCUUCGCUUGUAGACAUCUAUUUCACCAGACCUGCCUCGACCAUCAGUUGGGUCAGGCAUCUGGUAGCUCGCCAUCGCAGGGGUAUGAGCAUCUGGAGCGAGGUGACGACCCAACACAUGGAUACGUCAACUACGUCGAUCAAGGCACGGCCCAAAGGGAGGGUCUGAUCGGAGAACGAGAUGGGACCACAUAUAUCGGUGUUGAUAGCACCAAUGUGGCAAGCGGUCGAGGCCGAAACAGUGUCCGACUGACUAGCAAGAAUGCCUACACGCACGGACUUAUCGUGCUGGAUCUGGAGCAUAUGCCCGGAGGUCAAUGUGGAUCUUGGCCUGCCUUCUGGACACUCGGGCCAGAUUGGCCCAACAGCGGCGAGAUUGAUAUCAUUGAGGGCGUAAACUCCCAAGCAGCGAAUGAUAUGACCCUGCACACCAGCGCAGGGUGCAGCAUCAGCAACACCGGUACUUUCAGCGGACAAUUGACGACACCAAACUGUGAUAUUCAGGCUCCGGGUCAAUAUGCAAAUCAAGGAUGCCAGAUCGCUUCCCACGACACAGCUACGUACGGAAAAGGUUUCAAUGCAGGCGGCGGUGGUGUAUACGCCACGGAGUGGACCAGCGAUGCUAUCAGUGUUUGGUUCUUUCGAAGAGAUUCUAUUCCGAAUGACCUUUCAAGUGGUAACCCAAAUCCACAGGUAUGGGACAAGCCAAUCGCCAAAUUCCAGGGUGGAUGCGAUAUCGAUCAACACUUCAAGAACCACAACAUCAUCUUCGACGUGACCUUUUGUGGUGACUGGGCUGGCAAUGUAUGGGGUCAGGACCCUGUUUGCUCCUCGAGAGCUGCGAACUGUCAAGCAUUCGUGCAGAAUAAUCCAGGCGAGUUCGAAGACGCCUUCUGGCAGGUCAAUUCUCUCAAGGUGUAUCAGUCGAAUGGCCAAGAAGUUAAUCAACUGGUGUUCAUCGAGUCUUCUAAUAGCAGUGUCGUGGUGUCUUCUCAGGUUGCAAGCAGUGCUGCACCAAGUCCGACCGACACGAGCAUUACCUCCAGCAUACCAGCCGAAAGCAAUACUCCACCAGUCAGCCUAUUCCCGACACCGACUUCGGCACCUACUCCACAGGCCACUUCAGUGCAGCGACCUCAGUACAGGACCGUCAGCGCGUUGCAUUGGGGUCAAUCUGGCAGCUCCAGCCCUGGACACCCAGCAGCCGCCCAAGAGAAGAGAAGCCAACACGCCAGACAUUUGCUGAAACACCAGCACAAAGCUCAUACUUGA